UGCCCGGCGGAGCAACACAACAAGGUAGAGCACGCUGGAUACAGUCUAUGAUUUAGAUGCUUGGGAAUAGAUUCAGUCGUAAAGUUACCUUGAUGUGAUAGUUGUUUGGUAAGUAGACGUCUGUUAAAGUCCCGUCUUCUGGCUUCAAAUCAUCUAACUUUGCAGGAGGAGGUAACGGUUACGUUUCAUACACCAUCAGAUCCGGUUCUUUUUGACUGAAACGGAACACUUUAGGUGACAACAUUGCGUGGGUCGGUGCAGGUGAGGUGAGCUCCCUGGGUCCACAUGAGCUGUCUUAAACAUGGUUCACACCAGAGAGCCUGAACCUGAGCCUCGGGUCUACGGUUAUACCAGAACAGCUUCCGCAGUGCUGACCCACUUCAUCUGCUUUGUCUUCACUGUGUUCAUUGCCGUUCUGUCUCGACCGGGUACAAGUUGGUUUUCCUGGCACCCUUUCUUUAUGACACUAGCGUUCUCCUUCUUCAUGACAGAAGCCAUACUCCUUUUCUCCCCCCAUGGCUCCCCCAUCAAAAGGUUUCCUCACAAGACAAAAGCUCGUGUUCACUGGAUCCUGCAGUGCCUCUGCGUGUCUUGUGCAGUCCUGGGUCUGGCGGCCAUCUCGUAUAACAAACACCUAAAUGGUAAACCUCACUUCACCUCGUGGCACGGUCUGCUGGGCUUGCUCACGGUGUGUGUGGUGGGGUUUCAGUCUUUGGCGGCUGUACCUCUCAUCUACCCCUCUCUGGCCAAAGGCUGGUCCCUGGCCAAACUCAAACGCUACCACGCAACCUCUGGACUCAUCACAUGCCUGCUCGGCAGUGGCAGCGUGCUCCUUGGCCUCAGCUCUACCUGGUUCACUGCAUCUGUCAGGGAAUACACCUGGUACCUGUCAGCACUCUGCCCUGCUCUCACAGCCCUUGUCAUUAUGAACCAAGUCACCAGUGCGUACAUGGCUAAGAAACGGUUGCAGUCGUGACAGGAGACGGGCUUUCAACACUGUAACAGAACACUCACUGAAUACUUAUGUCAGUCUUGCCUACAAGUUUUCAUGUUUUAACCGCAUGCAUCAGUUUGAUUUACAUGAAAGUGAAAAAGGAACAGAUUUCUGCAGCUGUGUUGAAGACUUUGGACCUCGAAUUUUCAUUUGACAAUCACACACAAUAUUUUAUAUGUAGGAGUGCUAGCUUUAGUUUAUGACCAAAUAACUUUCAAAUGAAUGACAUUCCCAUCAGCCUCAGCUCUACUUGUGUUUAGUGCUAAUUGACAUGCUUAACUAAAAUGGCAAACAUACCUGCUCAACAUCAGCAUGUUACCCUGCUGGUGUUAGGAUUCAGCAAAGCAUUGCAGUGCAAGUGCAUCCUCAAAGAGCUGGUAGCAUGGUGAUAGGCUCUUAAGUCGUGUUUUAAGACUAAGCUGCUUAAAUGUGAUUGAUUUAAAAAAGGCUCACUCAAAAACACAAAUGAGAAAAUAGGGUUUAAACAUUCUCUAGACCACAAACCGUGUGAAGAGCAGAGGGUUUUGACGCAGCAUUGAGUAUUAUAUUGGGAGAUAAGAGUUUAAUGAUAAAAUAAAACAUGAAAACAUUUGUUGGACAUAUUUAAAAUUUUUGUAUUUCAGGUUGCUUAUAUCCUGCCUUUUGACCAUUUGUCACCUUUGAUUACUUAUUUAGCCACAUGUUUGAAUAAAUAAGAUAAUAAAUCACAGAAGAUCUGGUGUAAAUUAAAAGCAUUUGUAAAUUAUUCA